AUGAUCUGGUUUCACAGUGCGCUGACUGCGCUCAGCUGUCUAGCAGUUGUGAAUGCACAGAACGCAGCCAACGACAAUGGCGUACCCACAGUAGAAGAGAUUGCAAAGAUCAUCAACCAGACGGGAUUGGUACCUGCAGACGUCGCCGGGAUUGCGGCCACGUUCCUAGCCGGUAUCGCGAAUUCCACGAGAAUACAACUCGACUCGGCGCUGGCGGAUAAUCCCGUUGCAGAGAAAAGAGACAACCCCGAGCUGUACUACGCAUAUGGCAGAUCGCCUCCCGUGUACCCUUCGCCUCAGGGCCAAGGCGAUGGAAAUUGGACCGAUGCAUAUCAGAAAGCGCGUACCCUCGUUUCCCAAUUGUCUAAUGAGGAGAAGAACAACAUCACGAACCCCAGUGGUCCAUCCCAUACGCACGGCUGCACCGGCUUCACUGGCACCGUCGAGCGCCUUGGCUUUCCAGGUAUCUGCUUGAACGAUGGUCCGUCUGGUUUUCGUGGUGCGGAUAAUGGAAGUUCGACCGGUUUCCCAGCACAAAUACAAAUCGGUGCGAGCUGGAGCCGUGAUCUUGCCUAUCAACGUGGCAAGCAGAUGGGGAUCGAGUUCAAAGCAAAGGGAGUCAACGUGGCACUGGCCCCCGUUGUUGGUCCGUUGGGUAGGGUGGUAUUGGGAGGGCGCAAUUGGGAAGGCUAUACGAACGAUCCAUACCUUGCAGGACAGCUUGUCGACCCCAACGUGAGAGGCUUGCAAGAGAAUGUCAUGGCUUGCGCCAAACAUUUUAUUGGCAAUGAGCAAGAAACGAAUCGCAAUCCUUUGGCGCAAGGUUUUCUGGCGCCGCUCGGCUACAAUUACAAUGCUUCUGUCUCCUCGAACAUUGAUGACCGGCCCAUGCAUGAGCUCUAUCUGUGGCCCUUCGCGGACGCAGUUCACGCCGGUGUAGGUAGUGUGAUGUGCAGCUACCAGAACAUCAAUGGCUCCUAUGGCUGUCAAAACAGCAAGACUUUAAAUGGCCUGCUCAAGACCGAGCUCGGUUUCCGCGGCUUUGUGUUGAGUGAUUGGUACGCACAACACACUGGCAUCGCAUCUGCCAAUGCGGGAAUGGACAUGGUUAUGCCCGUUGAUUUCUACUGGGCCAAUAACACUCUUGCCAAUGCGGUCAAAAACGGAACCAUGAACUCGACGAGACUCGAUGACAUGGCCACUAGAAUCCUGGCUUCUUGGUAUCGUUUCGCCGAUUUCAAGGAGCCUGGAGCUGAGCAGUAUGAGAAUACUACUGUGAGCACAGCCGAGUCGACACAAGUGGCCUUCCAAGCUGCAGUCGAAGGACAUGUUCUGGUGAAGAACUCCAACAACGCGUUGCCCCUCCGCAAACCAAAGGCUUUGAACAUCUUUGGAUGGGAUGCAAUUGGUGGCCUCAACACUUCUGCAGCAAGUGUUCCUUUGUACGCCAUCUCUCAGCAAAACGCACAGAGUUACACCAACGGCGACGUGUACGACUACAUCCAAUACCUCCAAUUCCAGGCCUCUGUCAUUCCAGCGGGGACCACUCUUCCCGAAGUGGCCUUCAACGGCACCUUGAUCACAGGCGGAGGCUCCGGAGGCAUUCACCCGGUGUUUAGCAUCGCGCCCUACGAUGCUCUUCUGGCCCAGUCGCUGUCAGACGACACCACUCUGCACACCGAUUUCACGGACAAUCAGAAUCCGACAGUACAAGACCCUGAUGCUCCUUGCCUGGUGUUCAUCAACGCAUGGGCCUCGGAAUCCGCAGACCGAAGCACCCUCGCCGACGAGUACUCUGACACCUUGGUCACGAACGUCGCGAACCAAUGUCGCAACACCAUUGUCGUGAUCCACAAUGCCGGCACGCGCCUCGUUGACCGUUGGAUCGACCACGAAAACGUCACGGCCGCCAUGUUUGCCCACGUGCCGGGACAAGCAUCUGGCCAAGCCCUGGCCGAGGUUCUCUAUGGACGACAAUCUCCGAGUGGACGCCUCCCAUAUACAGUGGCGCACGCUGAAUCCGACUAUGGAUCCGUCCUGAAACCCACCUUGCCCACGAACGAGGACCCGCAGUACAGCCAGAGUGACUUUGAAGAGGGAAUCUUCAUCGACUACCGCCGCUUCAUUCAGCAAAAAAUCACUCCGCGCUAUGCUUUUGGCUACGGUUUGACGUACACGACAUUCGAAUACUCCAACCUCCAAAUCUCUCUCGACAGUGCUGCAGACAAGAGCUUGACACCUCCGGACGCCACGACACCAGAAAGUGUCGCGGCAGAAGGCGGUCUCGAAAGUCUCUGGGACACCAUCGCAACCAUUUCCAUCUCCGUGAAAAACACAGGCAAAAUUGCAGCAGCAGAAGUCGCUCAGCUCUACAUCGGAAUUCCCAACAGUGGCACUGACAGACAACUCCGCGGUUUCGACAAAAUGGUGAUUCCGCCCGGAGAAUCUGCAACAUUUCAAUUUCCUUUGCGAAGAAGAGAUCUCUCGGUAUGGAAUGUCGAUGCGCAAAGGUGGGAGUUGCAAACUGGAAGCUAUCGGGUCCAGGUGGGUAAGAGUGUGCUGGAUAUCCAACUUGAAGGAAGUUUUGGCUUGGAUGGGAAGGUGAAUAAUCACGUUCCGGUCAGUGAUGGUGGUGGUGGAGGAGGAGGAGGAGCGCAUACGGGAGAAGCUAGCGCUCUGUGGUCCUCUUCCACUGGCACAAUGGCAAUGGCAAUGGUAAUGAUGAUCGCUUCGAUCUGUAUUUCAUUAGGUACUUAG